UGUCCGCCCGGAGCGCCCCGCAGCCGCACGCCGCCCUCCGGACCUCGGGACGCCGGCUCCGCGGUCCUCGCCCCCAGCCAGCCCGCCGGACCCGUGACGGGACCGCCACAGCCGCCCGCCGCGCUGCGGCCCGAAAGCGCCGCCUUCCGCCGGGCCGGGCCGGGCCGCUGCCCGCGUGGCCAUGCCCUCGCUCGGGGACCUGGUGCGCGACUGGCACCGGGGCGCGCAGGCCGUGGCGCGUGGGGACUGGCACGGCGCCCUCCGCCUCUUCUCGGGCGUCGCGGAGCCGCCCGCCCGGAUGAGCUUCAACGUGGGCUGCGUGCACCUGCUGGCCGGGGACCCGGAGGCCGCGCUGCGGGCAUUUGACCAGGCAGUGACCAAGGACGCCUGCAUGGCUGUUGGCUUCUUCCAGCGAGGAGUGGCCAACUUCCAGCUGGAGAGAUUCCAGGAGGCCCUGUCCGACUUCCAGCGGACCCUGGCGCAGCUGAGGGACAACGUGGCCAUCGACUACACUCAGCUGGGCCUGCAGUUCAAGCUACAGGCCUGGGAGGUGCUGUUCAAUGUGGCUGCAGUGCAGAGCCGGCUGGGGCUCUGGGCAGAGGCCACCCGCAGCCUGGAGGAAGCCAUCUCCAAGGGGCUGGAAGGGGCCCGCGAUGACCUGGACAUCGCCCUGGGCCAAGUGCAGAAACGGGCGCCCCUGCAGCCUCGGCAGGUCCCCAGGGGUGAGGUCUUCCGGCCCCACAGGCGGUACCUGGAGCACCUGCAGCCCGUGGACUUCCUGGGCAAGGCCAAGGUGGUGGCCUCCGCCAUCCCCGACCACCCGCGUGAGGACGCCUGGCCUCGGCAGCCGCAGGCUCUUGACGUGCGUGGGGAAGCCAGGCCUGGGGCUACCGCGUGGGCCCGUGACGCAGGCCCCGCCAGAGCUGGCACCGCCUGCAGCCCCAGGACACCCCUUGACGCGGAGACAGAGGUCAGCUCUGGCCAGGCUGGGCGGGCCGGCCAGGGCACGUCGGGGACCAGCGAGGAGCAGGCUGCCUCGCAGGCCACGCUCUCACCACCAGCUCCGCCGGCACAGGGUCCAGGCGCAGCCCCACACACUCCAGGCCGGGGAGGGCUGCCUGCACCCUCAGGGCCCCACCCCAGGCCCGCAGAGCCCAGCCUACGGCUUUCCUUGCAGAGCCCCCACGUGGAGCAAGGUGGCCAGCGGGUUCCUCCAGGGAUGCUGGUGGCUGGGGGGCCGGGGCCUGGCUCCUUUGAGGAUCCCGCAGGUGCUGGGGGUGCGGCUGCCGGGGGCCCCGCGUCCUUGGCGACCGUCACGGUGCAGUGCGCCUUCACGCUGGCCCUGAGGGCGCCCAGAGGAACGGACCUGUCCGGCCUGCGGGCCCUGAUGAGCCAGGCGCUUCCCCCCCAGGCCCAGUGUGGGCAGCUCAGGUGGGUGGAAGGUGGGGCAGGAGGGCUCUGCGCUGCCACGUCUCAGCCCCAGCCCGGGGAGAGGCUUCUGAGGUCGGAGGUCAGCACCCUCCCUGAAGCCGCGGCCCGCGCGGCCUGCGCUGAGGAGUCUCUUUGCAGUUACCGAGACCCUCGUGACGGCGGGUGCUGGGCGCCCCUCACCGGGGAGGAGGCCCUGCAGAGGGCCUGGGGGGAUGCGGCUGCCGGCCCCGGGGGGCUGCAGCUCCGGUGCCAGGGAGUGGGCGGCCGGCCUGUCCUCCGCCAGGUGGUGGCCCAGCACGGCUACUCCGCCCAGGGGCCUGAGGACCUGGCCCUGCAGCCGGGGGACACCGUGGACGUCCUGUGUGAAGUGGACCAGGCGUGGCUGGAGGGCCACUGCGACGGCCGCAUCGGCAUCUUCCCCAAGUGCUUCGUGGUCCCGGCCGUCCGGCGUGCGUGAGGAGCUCGGCGCUAAGAAGCCCGUGGCAGGGAGGGUUUAAUAAAAGCGAGCUGCCCCCA